CCUGUCUAUUUUGGUGAUUCGGUUUUCUUUUUUUUUGACUUUCUGCACUCCUCGCUUUCACUCAGUGUCUCCGGCUUUGGGGCUCAUGGUGGAGAUUCACACACACACACACACACUCGCCCCCACGCGCGCGCACGCACGCACGCACCCGCGCUCUGUCAUCUGAAGGAUCCCUUCCCCACCCCCCCGCGGCGGGGCUCACAGAGGAGGCGCUGGAAGCUCGCGGAUUCGGACUCGCUCUCCUCCGCGAACCCGGACAGACCGCCGUCCAGCGUCUCCUCCGCAGCCGGAACCCGGACAUCAUGGAGCUGCGCGCGGCCGUGCCCGUGAUCGCCCUCCUCGCGCUGGCGGCUCUCGCGCAAAAUGCCGCCUGUUCCAAAGGACGGGGGCCGAAAGUCACCGCCAAGGUGUUUUUUGACAUCACUGUAGGUGGACACGAGGUUGGUAGGAUCGUGAUCGGCCUGUUUGGAGAUGUGGUUCCCCAGACAGUGAAUAAUUUUAUUGCUCUGGCUACAGGGGAGAAAGGUUUUGGUUACAAAGGAAGCAAGUUCCAUCGUGUCAUCAAGGACUUCAUGAUCCAAGGAGGGGACUUCACUGCUGGAGAUGGAACUGGAGGUAAGAGUAUCUAUGGAAAGACUUUUCCCGAUGAGAAUUUCAAGUUGAAGCACUUGGGUGCUGGCUGGGUGAGCAUGGCCAACGCAGGGCCAGACACCAAUGGUUCGCAGUUCUUCAUCACCUCCGCCCGGGCACCAUGGCUGGAUGGCAAGCACGUCGUUUUUGGGAAAGUUCUGGAGGGCAUGUCUGUAGUUCACACCAUUGAGCUGCAGGAUACCAAUGACAGAAACGUGCCCUACACAGAAUGCGUGAUUGUGAACAGCGGGAAGAUCGAAGUCAAGGAACCCUUUGUGGUGGAAGUGGAGGAUUGGUAGAUCUUUUACUGUGGGAUCUAUAAAAAUGAAUAUUUUGUUUAUUUAUUAUACAGGUUUAUGGCAGUGCCAAUAAGCUCUAAAGAAAUGACCUCAAGAUUAUUUAAUGGACAUAAUCCAAGAUAUCUGAACCAUCUUUUUCUAUUCUCUCUGUCAUGUAACAAAGGAAUUAACACACACCAUGAAAUACUUUGCAUGGAAUAGUUUUUAAAUCUCAAGAAACUACACUGAUAUGUUAUACUGACAACAAACCACAUAUGCAAUUAUACUAUACUACAUAUCAUUUAAAAUGCAAUAUAGAUUGUAUAAUUCAGGCUAUGUGUCAGAUAUGUCUCUGUGGUUGAAAAAUUCCUGGACUUGAACUGGAAUAAAAUUGA